UGACUGAAUCCUCUGCAUUUUCCUUCCCCAACAAGCUUACAAAUUUUUGCUUUUGACAUUGUGCAUCCCACCCCUGAGUCAUCUGUUUUUGCAGUUCGUUUGCACAGACAUUCACUCUUGCACCCUGCUCUAAUAAUCGGACUCCAAUCGUGCGUUUGUCGGCGGAGCUGGCUGGUAUCGGGAACAUGCCGGAGAUCUCAACCCGCAGCCAUGGCACAGAAAGUCCAAUAAAGAAGAAACUACGCAAAGGCACGCGAAGUUGCUGGGAGUGUAAGAGAAGGAAGGCGAGAUGUAGUCUGUCUCAAACACAAAAUGUCUCCGUCUGUGACGGUUGUAAACGUCGGGGAACGCGCUGUAUUAGCCAGCAACAUCCUGAUGAUCAAACGAACACCAAGAAACAUCUCGGCGAUCGGCUUGGGUAUGUCGAAGAUAUUCUUUACCACCUUAAAGGAGGAAUAGAGAAACCCCAUGCGAAUGAUUCUGACCAAUUGAGAGGCAUGCGAAUCGACAAGCGUGCCAAUAUUGGAAGGCUACAUGUUCGCCCGGAGGAAAUUAUCGCCCAACACCACCGCUCAACAGGACAACCACGACAUCAUAAACUCACUGGAAUUUCUCAAGCACUUCUAUCGGCGUGGCCCACCCCAGAUGAUCUCGAAGCCAUUGUCAGUGCACCCAUGGGUACAGCCAGCGUGUACCGUGGACUGAUAUGUACUUCGUACGAAGUCUUUAUGGAAAAUCCCCUCCCUUCUCCUCGUGAAUUACUAGUUACCCCGGAAUCAUCGCUAAACCCUGUUUUCGUCGCUCGUAAACUGCUGAUGCUAGCAACGUAUUUACAGAAUCUCUCUCCGGCAGCCGUGACACUUGUCUCUGAGCAGCUCACUGUUAACUUUCGUGGGCUCAUGGAUAGAGCCUUCAACGCGGCUACUGAGUUAGUCACAAAUAACGACGAGUUGACGGGAUCAGUUGAAGGCAUCGAAUGCAUCAUGAUGGCCGCAUUAUAUCUCAAUAACGCCGGUCGUCUGCGCCUCGCAUAUCUCGCUAUUCGAAGGGCACUUACUAUCGCUCAAAUGAUUGGUCUUGACAGAGGGUCGAACUCAUCAUUGAUCCGCAUACUUGACCAAGAUACGCUCGAGCGCAUUAGUCCAGAAUUCAUGUGGUUCCGUCUGGUUCAGACAGAUCGAUAUCUUUCAUUGCAGCAAGGUCUCCCUCAAGGAUAUAUCGGGGAUUCGUUCUUUGUUGGCAAUCAGGCAGAGAAUCUUCAUUCGCCUGCGGAGCGAUUUGAGCAAGUCGUCACCAUUGCGGCGGGUAGGAUCAUCCAGCGCAAUGGUGCUGCAAUGCUCGAUUUGAAGGCUACUCGGGAAAUUGAUGCAAUGUUACUGAGCUCCGCCAACUCCAUGCCGUCCCAAUGGUGGCUAUAUCCGGAUUUGACAACUGAUUUUCAAGAUGAACGCGACUUGCUUCGCGAGACCGGGCGCUUCAUCAUGCAAAUCGCAUACUAUCAACUGUUGGAGCGACUUCAUCUACCUUUUCUAUUGCAGCAGUCCACCUCAAGCGAAUAUGACUAUAGUAAGAUGACGGCAGUCACCGCGAGUCGCGAAGUUCUAUCGCGUUUCAUUGUCUUCCGCUCUUCGUCACCGCCCAAAGGGACUUUCUGUCGUGGGAUCGAUUUCGUGGCAUUCAGUGCGAGUGUAGUGACUUGUCUGGGACAUAUCAAUGCGCGCUUGCGCCACAGUAACCAAGGAGCUCGGCAGGGCAAUACUGUAUUUGACUGCUUUGCUCAUCAACGUCUAGCUGACCGAGCGAUGAUGGAACGCACGCUGACGUGUCUCGAGAAGGCGCUCCAAGACGACCCGUCAGAUGGGAUCGCGCAUAAGAUUUGCAGAGGGAUGCGUUAUCUGCUUGCAGUCGAAGCAGAUGUUGCAAGCGGUAUUGCAUAUAGGACCGAAUCUGUAUACCGCAAUGAGGAUUCGCGGAAUGAAUUGGAAUGUGAUGAUCAGCUAAGCGGUGCUCGCAGCAGAGCAAUCCGAAUUCACAUCCCACAUCUGGGUACGAUUAAGGUAGAGCCUCAUGGCACUACUGGCGCACUUUUCCAGUCUUCGAAUCCUGCCAGUAUCGGGUCUGCUUUGCAGGAUUUUGAGAGCGCACCCACCCUGGAGACAUAUUCGUCGCCGGAUAUUGCCAUUGCAGAGUAUACGGAAGGCCAAAAUGGCACCAAUUCCUGGCCAGUAGAAGAUCUUGGUAGUCUGUGUUUUGGUCUAGAUGAGUUCCAGGACAAUCAAUGGUCGAUGUCUGGUAAUGAAUGGGGAGAUACCUGGUCUCUUCAAGGGAUGAAUUCGGCUUUUUUCGACAGUCUCUUCACAGGGUCAGACAGUCUAUAGGUCUAUUU